AUCAAAGGAAGUCUGGAAUGACGUAAAAGAAAGAAAGGCUUUUAACUGCUCUGUGAGCUUGGAUUAGACUCACAAGAUUUCCACAUCAGUCUGUGUCGAGUGAGAGGGAAGGAGAGAGAGAGAGAGCGAGACAAAAGUGUGUGCUUGUUACGACAGCUAGAGAUGGCUAGUAGCAACAGCUUCAUUUAUUCUCGUAUUGUGUUUUUAUUUCAUUUGACAACAAUCUUCUGCCAAACCCACAGGCAAGAACAAUAUAAGGUACCAUGGACAGAAGAAAAGCUGCUCCAUAAGCCCAAGUACUUGACUGCGGCUGAUACCCGGAAUGUUACAUCACUGACCAACAUUUCUAUGAUGUGGUAUAAUGAUCUGAGACCAAUGCUUAGAGAGCGAUAUCCCGGUUCUAUUGGAAAUGUGGCUGUGCGCCAGCAUAUCAUAAGUCGGUUAGGUGAACUCCAGGCUGGAUGGAUAAUUGAAGAAGACAGUUUCCAGGAUGCAAUACCCUAUGGAACAGUCACAUUUUCAAAUAUCAUCAGUACCCUGAACCCCUCAGCUAAGCGGAGGCUGGUGCUGGCUUGUCACUAUGACUCAAAAUACUACAAUGAGUGGUGGUAUAGUAGAGUGUAUGUGGGUGCCACUGAUGCUGCUGUAUCAUGUGCCAUGAUGUUGGAACUGGCUCGUGCACUGGAUAAUCUUCUACUUGAGAUGAAGGAUAUUAGGGACAGACCAGAUCUUACCCUGCAGCUAAUUUUUUUUGAUGGUGAAGAAGCAUUUCAAUAUUGGUCUGAUAUUGAUUCACUAUAUGGUUCCCGACAUUUAGCGCAGAAGAUGGAGAGGGAGGCACAUCCACCUGGUGCCACUGACACCAACCAGCUGCAUGGAAUUGACUUACUUGUGUUACUGGAUUUAAUUGGUGCGCCAGAUCCAAGAUUUCCAAGUUAUUUUCCAAAUACAGCUCGAUGGCAUAAAAGACUACAGCUAAUAGAACGUCGUCUGCAUCGACUGGGUUUACUGAACAACCACUUCAAUGAGGUGAAAUAUUUCUGGACCAAAAUGAGAGCUGGGCAUAUUGAGGAUGACCAUACACCAUUUUUGCAAAGAGGUGUUCCUAUUUUGCACAUCAUACCUACACCUUUCCCUCAAGUGUGGCACAGCAUGGAGGACAAUGAGAACAAUCUGGAUCCAACAUCAAUUGAUAAUCUGAAUAAAAUAUUGCAGCUGUUUGUCUUGGAGUAUCUUAGAUUUUAAUACAGGUGUGUGUAUACAAAGUGAAUGGUUAUGAUCUACUGUGAGCAAUAGGCUAAGCAGAUUUCAGUAAACAGCAGUCCCUCCUGCUUUAAUGAAAUUGGGAAAUAAGUUUGGCUUCUUAGAAUUAAUGCCUGUUGUAUUUAAUAUGCUAACUGAAUCAAUGUUAAUUGUUGCUCAUCAAUUAUAUCUCAUAGUGUUCAUUUUUCACUUAUAAUGCAUACUGGUCUUAAUUUUCUUAGCAAUUUGUUCAGUAGACAUUUGAAACCUUUUGGUGAAAUGUAUAACUUAACUGUAUCUAAAAUAUAUUUUUCAAUUGUAACUUUUAAAUUUGUCUUUGUACUGGUAGCACUAAAGGGUACAGUUGUACAAUAUGAUCUGUGUGGAUGCAAAAUUACUUGUGAUGAGGCAGCAUCAUCAGUUCAGUGUUUUGUGUUGCAAUUGUAUACUUGAAACACAAAUUCUCACUGUUAUGUAAUGCAUAAGUUAAAUCAUAAUUUCAAAUGGUAUGGCGUGAAUUUUAAAAGAAACUUUGCAUCCCUGCUUUGGUAGAACUUUGUUUGGAAAAUGAAUUUUAAAAAUAUAUAUAUAUUGAAAGAUGAGCAAACUAUCUUGUUGAUUCUUUUCAAACAGUAUAAAUUUAGGUGCAUAUGGACUUGAGUCAGCAUUUUUAUUUAAAGCUGUUACCAACAGUAUCAUUGUUUGGAAGAGUGUGCUUUGCAUGUUAAGAAGUUCUGUUUUCUGGCACCUCCAUUUGGUUUCAAAAUUUAUCUAAGAGGAACUUUGCUUUGACUGAACAUAUAUUUGUGGUGCCAUGGUGAAAACUUUGCUACUUAACUUUAAUUUGUUACCAAAAAGGUGCAGAAAAAUGGGAAAGAACUCCAGUUCCUAAUUCUAUAGGGCUAAAUAUUAUUUCAAAUGUCCAUCUCUUUUCCUUAGCUGUGAGGGCUGUUAAUAUUGCUAAUGACAUCUCUUAAAAGGCUCACUGAGGCAAAAUUCCACAUUGGUGAACCAAUCCUGAUAGUAAAAAUAACGUUCUAUCCCAUAUCUAAUCAGUAGCUGGCAUUCUUCAACUAAAAUAAAUUGCACAUUUUAUCCUUUUUGGGUUAGCUAUAAUAUUCUAUUCAAAGAAUUUGCUCUCUUUGAAAUACAAUCCAUAAUCACCAAACCUCAACCACCAAACCCAAGAGGGAAGAUGUGAUAUCUAGAAGAUGAAGUCUAGAUGAUGCCUCAUCUUAAAAUUGUAUUUCUUGCAAAAACAUUGACUAACAUAGAAGUGAAAAGUAGAAAAUGGUGAAGUAAAUAUUUUGUGUAACAUGUUGUUUUAUCACAACUAUUUGCAUUAAAAGUAUUUUUAUAAUGUAAUAAACACGUUAAGACACUAAAAUCACAACAUAACUGAAAAAUAUUUGAGAAAUAGCUCUUAGGAUAUUUAAGAAGGAAAGCAGUAACAAUGCAGGGACUGGGAAAAAGCAAAAAACCUGGCAGUUUAUCUGACUGCACCCUCAGACUGAUGAUGCGUAAGAGCUGACAUUCCCAAAUAUCCAAUCCAACCUUGAAAUUUCCACAUUACCAGUCUCCCUGGCAAAUCCAUUCCACAUGCUCAUCAUCAGUACAUAAAGUGGUAAAAUCUAAACUGUCUGUCAGGCAAUAUUCUAAUUCUAUCAUUUAUGGCAAUUGGGUUUCAAUUUAUUUCUUCACUUAAGAAUCUUGGAUACUAAACAUUUCUCUUCAAUCUUCUCAUCUCCUCAGUAAACAAUCCCAGUCUUUUUAACCUCUCCUCACAUCUCACAUAUCUUAAACCAGAUAUUUUUGUUUGUAUUACUUUUAUUGGUCCACUGCACUGCCUCCAAUGCUUUAUAUCAUUGUUAUAAAUUAGAAUAGUAAAUCAUUCUCCUGGUAAUGACCAUACCCACCAUCAAAUCUUUCCUUCAAUUCAUGUCUCCCUAUCUUCAGCUUAUCACUUACAUAAUACUGCAUCAUAAGUAUUAUAAAAAUCUAUCAGCAACACAAACAAGAUAACUUUCUCAAAAAUAUUAACUUUUCUUUGCCACAAUUCAGUCUAUCGUGGCAUUCAAUAUCUACCUAAAUAUCUUAUUCCUUCUUUCAUGAUGCUUUCUGAAACACAAUUCAUAACUACUGGUCUGUAAUUUUGAUGACUUAUUGCUAUUUCCACAUUUAACAUAGGUAUUGUCUUAACUACUUUACAACCCUAGUAUACUCUUGACAUUGUUUCUGUAGGAUGCGGACUGAUUCAAUUUUUGUUAGUCACUUCUUUUGACACCAGCUAGGUCUGGAUCACACCUUAACGGAAAUGUUUAUUUUUAUCACAUGCCUUCUUCCUGACAACGUUGAAACCAAAAAGUUCAAUGUCCAAUUACCCUACUAAUACAAAAAAAAUCCAUUUAGUGUAUUUUCUAUUCUUACUCAGUUACCUUCACCAUUUUGGAUCAUAAUUUCCUUUUUCAAUUGUUUGUUGUGAAUUCAUGUAGAGAAAUGCUGCUCUAUUUCAUAUUUACGUUACACAGUCUGUAAAAUUUUCUUGGACUCAUUAUUACAGCUGAUUUUGAAUAUGGAUUUCAAACAACAUUCCUCAUGCAUGAUGUAAACCAAUGGAGAUGGAUGAUUUAGCCUACCUAUAACUAACAUUCAAAAAGCAUAAGUUCAAUUGUGCAUGAUUGAAAUUCUGAUAGGUAUGAGAGUUUUAGUUUUAAUUGUGCUUUUUCCUCCUGAAUUCACUAGCUUGACAACAUUUUUAAUUGGAUAGAUGUGCUUUGCCUUAUAGUGACAUGCAAUGCCACUUCUUUCACGUGUAGACAACAUUUUGCUAAAGCUAACCAGGUCAAACAAUAAUUUCAAAAUAUCCAGUGUUUAAAUAAACUAAUAUUCAUGAUGCCAUCACGUUUGUCCAUUUGCUUGUUUGUGAACAAACACAGAACCAUUAAUCUUUAUUGUUUUAAACAUAGCAAAUCAUUUUUAUCACUUCAUUAUUAAAUGGAAAAAGCAUUCAGGAAAAAAUGGUAAACUGAGAAACCACACAUUGAGAAAAAUAUACAAUGGUAAGUAACAACUACAGGUUACUAAGUUUGGAGUUGGGGAAUAGUUAUAUACGGUAACUAACUUUAGUAAAAAGUGGAUAUGGGUCUAAAAUGGAAAAAUGUGUUGUAUUGUCUCUAAAUUUGGUUAAAAUUAGUAAACAAAUGUAAAAACAAUGGAAUGAAAUUGCACUGUGUAAUUCUUUACAAUACAUUAGGCUGUGUAAUUCUUUUCUCUGCUUGUACUAAUUAAGAUAUUUUUAAAAAUAUUGAAAUGUUAGAACAAAAAACAUUACUUAUGAUGCACAUAGCAAUUUCAUCAACUGCUUGCAUAACUUUUCUUCCAUGUCCAGGACCUCUACUGUGCUCUGUAGAAUAUCUCCUUUGUAUAUUUGUUGGUAUGUUAAUUCACAGGUAAUGUCAAAUAAAAAAAAGCCAGUUUCAGAAAAGAUUAUGUAUUUUUUGAUCUAUAUAAGAUUCCUUUCUUUAAAAUUUAAUAAAAGCAUGAUUUUAGCAAAAAUA